AUGGUCUUACCCGAAAUAUCUUCUGAUGUAGUUAUCUCAUCAAAUUAUAUUCGCCAGGCAUACCCGCCCCACGGGAGAUGUGCGCCAAGUUUCAUAUCAGCCCAAGCUGAAGUCUUGAACCAUGGAACCAUUCAGAAUGCUGGCGUGUUGACUCUCCACGCACAACUUUGGACGCCAAAGAAAACGGCAAGUGAAUUUCCUUACGUAGAAGAUACCGCAUUGGUUGAUCUGGUCGUGUUGUUAAACAAUGGAAGGGCCACUUCCUUGGUUGUGAGCCGUGAGUACGCGGAUGGAGUGAUGGAGCUGGUCGUCGAUCCUGAUAGCCCGGGGACGAAUGUGUUCGCCGCGGUCCACGGUAGCUCCCCGAGAUGGAUACGAGCUGGCGGGUAA